UCAAAGAUAUUUUUCACAUCGUUCGUUCUGGUCGCGAAAAAAUGGUGGACGUAGGACGUGGCUAAUCAUUUAACAGUAAAGUUUUUAGUGGUGAUUGUCGGUAAAGUUGAACAAAUCGUGUACGAUUGGGAAAUAUACUGGUGAUAGUUAUUGAGUGAAAGUUUGCACAAUUGAUACACAGUGCUGGUGUUCGGAAAAAUUUAGUGAUUAUGUCGGAAGUGGUCUCUACUGGGAAAGCAGGGCUGCCUGUGGCUAAUACCGCCACAGCCUCGGGUGCUGUUGCUGCACAAUCCGAGCCAGACAUGAAAGGCUGGUUACUAAAGUGGACAAACUACCUCAAAGGAUACCAGAAGCGAUGGUUUGUCCUAUCCAAAGGGGUACUUUCCUAUUACAGGGCUGAACACGGAGCCGGACCGAAUGCUGGGGGCAGGAGUGCCGGGGGCAAAUUAUCUAUCCGACGCCGCAGGAAAGGCCCCCGAGCGGAGAGCAAAGGAUCCAUGAUGCAAUGUAUUCGAGCACCAAGCUCACCUACUAGACUGAAUAUCGUACCUGAUCCGAAAAAGGAUAGGAAGAAAAACAAAAAAAAUCAGGCAGAGAUGACACACACCUGUCGCGGCACUAUAUCCCUCCAUGGGGCACUAAUUCAUACGGUGGAUUCCUGUACUUUUGUGAUAUCGAAUGGGGGAACGCAAACGUUCCAUAUUAAAGCGGCCAACGAAGUGGAGCGGCAGUCCUGGGUAACAGCACUGGAGCUUGCCAAAGCGAAAGCAAUACGAGCCAUGGAAAGUGACGAGGAGGAGGAAGACACGGCAGCCAACAUUAUACCUAGUGAAGAAUUCAACCUAGUAAUAAGAGAGUUGACUUUUAAAUUAGAAAAUGUGAAAACGUGCUUCGAUCUGAUAACCAAGCAUGGUGCAGUAUUGCAGCGCGCUCUAUCGGAGCUGGAAUCCGGUGAAGAUCUAACAAGUAAAACGAAGAUAGUCAGUGAACGGGCAACGUUGUUCCGAAUAUCUUCCAAUGCUAUGAUAAACGCUUGUUCCGAUUACCUUAAGACAGCACAGACCCAGGGUCAUAAAUGGUCCAAAAUGUUACAGCACGAGCGAGAUAAGAAAGUAAGUCUGGAAGAAAUGGUCGAACAGCUAGCAAGGCAGCAUUCACACCUGGAGCAAGCAGCGCACCGUCACAGACCAAAUGCAGCGGCUUCCGGUUCCGACGACGAAGACAACGAGUUCUACGAUGCACAAGAGGAAGGCGGCUCCGUUGCUUCACAAGAGGACAGUUCGUUCAUAUUGAAAAUUCCGGUCGCUCACCACCGACGUAACUCCAACGACGCUACGGGUAGCUCCUCAGAGGGCGAAGAAGGCAAUAGUGAAACACAGCAAGUAUUAGUAGUCACCGAUAGUCUAGACAAUAUGGACGUGACGGAUAGAAUAUCUGUUAACAGUAAUCAAGCACUAACACCAAUCUUCUCCAACAACAAUCAAUCCUCGAGGGUGGCACGAAGGCGACGAACGCGGGUUCCUGACAAGCCCAACUAUCCGUUGAACUUGUGGUCCAUCAUCAAGAACUGCAUCGGCAAGGAUUUGUCGAAAAUCCCCAUGCCGGUUAAUUUCAACGAACCCCUUUCGAUGCUGCAAAGAUUGACCGAGGACUUUGAGUAUUCGGAAAUACUGGACAAAGCCGCAACGUGCAAGGACACCUGCGAGCAGCUAGCAUACGUAACGGCAUUUACUGUUUCGAGCUAUUCGACCACCAGCAACCGCACCGGUAAACCAUUUAAUCCACUUCUCGGUGAAACGUACGAAUGCGACCGGACAGAUGAUCUCGGUUGGAGGUGUAUCAACGAACAGGUUUCCCAUCAUCCACCCAUGGCAGCACAAUACUGCGAAGGUCGUGGUUGGAGAUGCUGGCAAGAAUUCACGAUGACGUCCAAAUUUCGGGGCAAAUAUAUACAGAUAGUUCCACUUGGAUACGCCCACGUUGAAUUUCCUGCCUCGGGUAACAAGUUCACGUGGCGCAAGGUGACCACCACGGUACACAACAUCAUUGUCGGAAAGCUCUGGGUUGACAACCACGGAGAUAUGGAAAUCUACGGCGAAAAGGCCGCCAAGGGAGUGAAGUGUCACCUGAAAUACCUUCCGUACUCGUACUUCACGAGAGACACACAGCGGCGCGUGAAAGGUGUGGCGAUGGACAGCUCCAACCAGGUCAAAUGGGUGAUAAACGGUACAUGGGAUAGCAAAAUUGAAAUUGCGCCCGUGACUUCCACUAGUGGUUCGGCCGAGAACCCCGUCUACAAGACGGGCAACUACAAAACGGCGUGGACCUCGCGGCUUCCGCCAACUGAUUGUGAUAAAUACUACAACUUUACGUUGCUUGCCUGCCAGCUGAAUGAACCCGAGCCUAAUGUUGCACCAACUGAUUCGCGCUUGCGACCCGAUCAACGGCUGAUGGAAGAAGGCAAAUGGAACGAAAGUAAUAAGGAAAAGCUAAGACUGGAGGAGAAGCAGCGAGCCCGGAGACGUGAACGGGAAGCUGAGGCCGAGAAGUCAGCUGCCGAAGGUCGACCCUAUCCGCCAUACGAACCGAUUUGGUUCAGCAAACAGCAAGACGAGGGCACGGACAGUCUGGUGCACGUGUUCAAGGGGACCUACUGGGAUUCCAAAGCGAAACAGGAAUGGUCCAAAUGUCCCGACAUUUUCUAAACUAAAGUUUUGUAUGUAUCAUCUUACAGCGUUUUCCUUUUCUGUUUCGGUUAUGUAAUUUGUAAAAAAAAACAUGCUUUAUAGAUAGCUCGUAAGUAUGCGUCAGCGUGAAAGGGGUGAAAGGGUGAUGCAUCGAAUCAAUAGAGAUAAUAAACUAUAUGGGAAGUUCGUCGCUAAUUCAUUCUGCUUUCAAUCGCAAGCACGUUGAGUAUAUGUCAGUUAAAACGUAUGGAUUAUGCGUUGUUAUUUAACUUAAAUAAUGUUUCGCCAGCGACAAUAUUCCUCUAUAGUUUAUUACCUCCAUUGCCAAAACAAAUGGUUUUAUAUGCAAUGUAUUGCUGUUCAUUAUUUAAAAUGUGAAGAGAAACGAAAUACCAUCGCGUAGCUUGUAAUAAAUUUACUGGACUAAUUGUUUAAUGCAACUUUGGAGGAAUAAAUACUAUAACUGGCUGU